CCAAAACGCUGUGUUUCCAGUGGUUGCAAGUUGCCGUCCCCCUCUGUUGUCGCUUGUCAUCGGGCGCGCGGGAACUUUUUUGGGUGGGUUCCACCCCGAUACGGGACCCGACGGGGCCCAUCAUGGCUAGGAUCUGAUGGAUUUGGAGACUGCUCCUGUUUCUCCCUCCAUCAGACCAAAUUGCCUUGAACUUGGAUUAAACUCUUUUCAACUGAGCCCGCGGAACCCCUACCGGAAACGAACCGCAAUACAAAUACGAGACGAGUGUAGCGCAGGAGAAUUGCGACCGGCCCAUGCGAUUCAGAACCGACAUGUCGGCUUCCACCUAAAAGUCAACUGGCGAUGACUUCAGUUGUAUCAGCCUUGCCCCUACGUAUGCGAAAUCGACGACUACACACGAUACUUUACGCAUAACGCAUAUCUGCAGUUUCGCCGUCACCCACAACCGGCGUUAUUCAACACCUCUCCUACCCUCAACGCCACCGCUAUACAACCACAAUCAUGAGAUUCUCGACGAUAAUUAGCACAGGCAGGAUGGAACUCUUCAUCUCCAUCCUAGCCUGCACUCUCUCAGGUGUCCUUGCAGAUGACACUGAAGUCUCUACAUGGGCCGAAACCGAAAUCCCCGAAUGGGCCACAGUCAAUGGCAUGCAACUCUCGUUGUCAGCGAACCCCGGGCUGCAAUUUGCUGUGAUCCCUCUUACGUCGAAUCUGGGACUUAACGAUUCCACAGGUCGAGUAAUAGAUAUUAUUCAUAUCAAUGGUAAUAUGAUCGCGACAGACUCUUCAAAUUACAACAAAGUGACUGACAAAGACGAUAUCGCCUAUCUGUCAUGCGACGAACCCAAAGGCGACUCUUUUCUCAGUCCCAACAAGAUGCUCAACACAUUGAUGCAGCUCGAACCACAUAUCAAAGCGAUAGUCCUGUAUUCUACGUCCAACACAUGGUGUGCCAUCGACCCAGUCGACAAACUUCCAUUUACGAGUAUCUUGUCCAUGGCCGAUGGAGGCGAGGCCACACAAGCCCUCAACCUUUUGAAUGGUACCAGCCGUGGUGAAGUUGUCAAAGCGAGCAUCUUCGGCAACAAUACGGACAACACGUUGCCGAAGGAUGAGAGCAAAGGGGGUAGCAACACGGCUGCCAUGAGUGUUUUGUACGCCAUCACUGGCCUGAUUACUCUGCUAUUCUUGGUCAUCAUCACGACAGGUGCUGUGAGAGCCCAUAGAUAUCCUGAAAGAUACGGGCCACGAGGUGCACUUGGCGGGCGGCCACGGCAGAGCCGCGCCAAGGGACUUGCUCGGGCUGUACUGGACACGAUCCCAAUUGUCAAGUUUGGAAACCAGACACCUACAAAGCCAGACCCCGAAUUGGAAUUGGAAAAUACGGACGGCAACGAUACUGUCACGCAACGAACUGCGUCACGCCUCAGUGAGGCCAGACAGUCUGACGGGGCUCCGGCACCAGGUGGGGUGACCAAUGCCGUACCAGCCGCGACUAGGGCAUCGUCUUCUCCCGAGAGUGCCGAAGACGAGACGAGCGACCACUUAGGAUGCUCUAUCUGCACCGAAGACUUUACGGUUGGCGAAGAUGUUAGAGUAUUGCCCUGCAAGCAUCAGUAUCAUCCGGCAUGUGUUGACCCAUGGCUGAUUAACGUAUCGGGCACGUGUCCAUUAUGCCGCUAUGAUUUACGACCAGACAAGGGUCAUGCAUCUGCGGAGGCGGACGUUGGCGACUCUAGCACGCUGCCGCCACCUUUGGCAAUGGAGGGUGCUGAGAACGACGCGCCUCAGUCAUCUCACCGUAAUCGACUCUCGAGACUUUUUGAUAUUAACCGCCUUCGAGAGGGGACCGUGGAAGAACAAAUGGAAGCAUUACGCCAGAUGCGGGCGGAAACUAAUGAAAAUAACAAUCAAGAGACAACAGAGGUUACUGAAGCUGCCGAAGGCGAAUCGCAAGGCCAAAGUGCACGAUUUGCGGCGAGGCUUCGGGAGAGAUUUAGAAUCCGCACACGCGCUCAAGCCGUCGGAGAUCAUGAAAGCCAACGGGGGAGCUAGUGAGUAGCACGGAGGUACCGGGGUAUUUAUGUUAUGGGCGAUAUGAAUUUUAGGGCCGGGAAAUGGGGAUCGUAGGCUUCAACUUGGGUUUAACCAGGGGCAGAAGGGGCUCCUUGCAUGCAUUUGUGAGCCGUUUUGAUGGAGAAGAAUGUUCGGGAUUGGCGUUGAGGCUGAGGAAUGAUAACUUGGGGUUUGAAUAUGGGCACAUUUGGGAAGCAUGGGAAUGCGUUUCUUUGGACCAUCGCACAUAAGGGCAUGCUCACGACGAUCGUGGUUGAUGAUCAUUUUCGGCUUAUCCGAGAGUGCAGAUAUUUACUUACCUUACAUAUGAUACCUUUGAUGAUUUAUGCACGCUUAUACAAGAUCAAGACCUUGUACAGCGGGUGUCAUUUUAACAAGAUUUGAUUAGGAUGACAGCAUAUGGUUGGUAGUGAGCUUUUCAUUAUCCAGCAGCGAAUUGACAGCCCGUCCUGUUCACUCAAGCCUAUAUGCCACACUGUUUGUUGAA